AUGACUACUAUGGAUCUUCGAGUGGGUAACAAAUACCGCAUUGGUCGUAAGAUCGGGAGUGGUUCCUUCGGUGAUAUUUACCUUGGUACCAACAUCAUCUCGGGUGAAGAGAUUGCUAUCAAGCUUGAGUCGGUCAAGGCUAAGCACCCUCAACUCGAAUAUGAGGCUCGUGUCUACAAGUCCCUCGCUGGAGGCGUCGGUAUUCCUUUCGUUCGCUGGUUCGGUACCGAAUGUGAUUACAAUGCUAUGGUUCUUGACCUUCUCGGACCCAGUUUGGAGGAUCUCUUCAACUUCUGCAACCGCAAGUUCUCCUUGAAGACCGUCCUUCUUCUCGCUGAUCAACUCAUCUCCCGCAUCGAAUACAUUCACGCCAAAUCCUUCAUCCAUCGUGAUAUCAAGCCUGACAACUUCCUCAUGGGUAUUGGCAAGCGUGGUAACCAAGUCAAUGUCAUUGAUUUCGGUUUGGCCAAGAAGUACCGAGACCCCAAGACUCACUUCCACAUCCCAUACCGUGAGAACAAGAACUUGACUGGUACUGCUCGUUAUGCCUCCAUCAACACUCAUCUUGGUGUCGAGCAAUCCCGUCGUGAUGACAUGGAAUCCUUGGGAUAUGUCAUGCUCUACUUCUGUCGUGGUUCUCUCCCAUGGCAAGGUCUGAAGGCUGCUACCAAGAAGCAGAAGUAUGACCGUAUCAUGGAGAAGAAGAUGACUACCCCUACCGAAGUCCUUUGCCGUGGAUUCCCAAAUGAGUUUGCCAUCUACCUUAAUUACACUCGUUCCCUCCGAUUCGAUGACAAGCCAGAUUACUCUUACCUCCGCAAGAUCUUCCGUGAUCUUUUCGUUCGUGAAGGUUUCCAAUAUGACUAUGUCUUCGACUGGACUGUCUACAAGUACCAAAAGAACGCUCAGCAACAACAAAUCAAGUCACCAGAUGGUGGUGAUAAGACCGCCGCGGAGGGUCAAACCAGUGCUCAAGCAACUGCGGGAAACACUGCGGGUAGACAACGCAAGACUGUCACUCCAAUUCAGCAGCAAGGACAAGCUCCAGAAGGAACCGGUCACUACCUACGCUCUGCCGGUCCACCUCCACCAGGCAAUGGUCUUUGAAAUCCUGGAGUGAAUGGUCUCAUGUAGACGUUUUUUCUUUCUUUCGAUGAUGGACAUUCGGCUACUUGAGACUGACUCAGUCCCACCAAAUCAAUAUCGUUGACCAUGCAAGACUUGUUUAUUGACACACUCUUGAAUUUGGCUCGAUCUCCACUCCAACAAAUAUCUCUUUUAUGGACCGCUUUCUUUUUUCUUUCAUGGAUCGAUUACUGGCUUUCCUAAUGGCUCGAGCACUUUGGUUUUCAUCAUGACACAUGACUCACAUUUGAUUAUUCCUUUGGGAAUUAUCAUUUGAUGAGCAGCGCGUCAUUGGAACUCCAAAAUAAUCGAACGGCACGUCGAUGGCAUAAUUUCCCUUUUUUUCGAAGUCGCACGACAAUAUCAAAUCAUCAGAUUCUACACUUCGAAAUAUAUCUUGUGUCAUCUAUCAAAUCCG